AGCUCCAAAUUCUAGGGUAUAAAUAGCCCCAAAUUUGUUUGCUGACUUCGCUACAAGUUCCAAACGUUAUCGAGCCAAACGUUAACGAGAAAAGCAGCAGCAGCAGCAGGAAGAGAAAGAGGUGCUCGCAACGUCGCCACCCGAUUCAUCGCAUUCAGCAAGCAGGAAUGGCGACGUUCGAACUGUACCGGAGGUCGACGAUCGGAAUGUGCCUUACUGAGACUUUGGAUGAGAUGGUUCAGAGUGGUACUCUUAGCCCUGAGAUUGCUAUUCAGGUCCUUGUCCAGUUCGACAAGUCUAUGACAGAAGCUCUGGAAACUAAUGUUAAGAGCAAAGUCUCAAUGCAGGGCCAUCUACAUACUUACAGAUUCUGCGACAAUGUUUGGACCUUCAUUCUACAAGAUGCUGUGUUGAAGAAUGAAGAUUGCCAAGAGAAUGUGGGACGGGUUAAAAUAGUGGCAUGUGACUCAAAGUUGCUUUCGCAGUAAUUGACACCCGCCUUGUUGUCAACAAGGAGAUGUUCUGACACCCGCUUGUGAUAUUGAUGGGAAUGAUGGAAAAUCCCCAGUGGCGGAUGGUCUAAAUUGUAUCAAGUGCUUUGCAGUUAUGGGACGUUUUUAGAUUUUAUGGCCAUCAACCUUGACAUCUUUAGGAAUGUGAUGUGAAAGUGAAAGUGAGUAUACUCAAUGGGUAGUAGAUGAGUCUACUUUAGACUUUUGUUGAUCAUCAAUACAUGAAUCCUUUUGUCUCGUGGGCUUUGUGGUUUAGGAGCUAAGUUAUCUGUUAAAUCCAAAUGUCAAGAUUGGUGAAGAUAUUGAACAGGGGAGGAAGUAAGAGUCAUAGAGAAGAUAUAUUUUAUGCAUUCUGUUCACAUAUUUCAUGAGGUAACUAAAUGAAGUUUGAUUGCCUUCCUCAUAGUUAAAA